CAACAUACCAGUCCACGAACUUGAGGAAUUUGUCCCCUGCCGCUCUUUAAAGCACCAGUCACUCUCUAAACACCCCCCCUCCAAACCAGUACUCUCACUACCUUAAUCGUCGCUUCACACACGUUAAUAAAAUAAUACCGACAACAUGUUCACCAAGGCCUCCAUCAUCGCUGUCCUCUCCAGCAUGGCUGCUGCGCAGCUCCACGCCCCCGUUGGCGAGCCCGCUGGCAACCCCAUCACUCGUCCUUUGAUCGAGGUUGUCCCUGCCUGCAAGGCCUUCACCAUCACCUGGCAGCCAACCACCACCAACACCAUCUCCCUGCUGUUGCUCCGUGGUCCUUCCACCAACGUGGUCCCCAUCCAGACUCUCGCUGAGGGCAUCAACAACUCCGGCUCCUUCCUGUGGACCCCCGCCUCCACCCUCGAGGCCGACUCCUCCCGCUACGGACUCCAGCUGAUCGACGACGUCACCGGCCAGUACCAGUACUCCACCCAGUUCGGUAUCUCCAAGGACGACUGCGCCGUUGUUGUCUCCUCCAGCUCCGCCGCGCCCGUCGUCCCCUCCAGCUCGGCUGCGCCCGUUGUGCCCUCCAGCUCCGCCGCCCCGGUUGCGCCCUCCAGCACCCCCGCCGGCUACCCCGUCGCCUCCUCCAGCGCCGCCGGCUACCCCGUUGCCCCCACCACCGUCAAGACCUCCGUAGCCCCCUACCCCACCACCGUCAAGACCGUUGCUCCCUCCGCCAGCGCCCCCGGCUACAACGGCACCAUCGUAAACCCCACCGGCUCGCUCCGCCCCUCUGCCACUGGCGCCGCCAACGGCACCUCGAGCGCGCUCCUGCCCGAGUCCACCGGCGCUGCUGCGUCGAUCAAGGCCGGUCUCGGCCUUGUCGGUGCCGCCGCCUUCGCUGCGCUCAUGCUGUAGAGUCCUCUCCCUCCAUUCAAGACCGCGCUUCCAGACAAAAUUUGCAAGGUGUAAUAGGGAUGUCGAUAAUGCCAUGAUGUGCUGCGUUCGGUUUGCGUUCCUUUUCUUCGAUACUCCUGGUGUUUAUUAGGGUAUAUACCAUUUACUUUGUUUCCGUUCCCCCGGUGGCUGGGGGCUGUAGAUACAGUAGUAAAUGCCAUGUGCGCUGCGUGCUCGAAAAGUUAAA